UCCACUCUUCAUCAAACACUUACAAAGCUUCAUUGAAAAAUUCAUUCUGCUUCACUUUUUUUUAAGCAGAAAAAUAUUGUUAAGAUUGAAUUUGAACCUUAAUCUGGCAUCUUAGACCAACUCGGCCAUCUCAACAUAUUCAUCCUCGUUUUCACUCUCUCUAUCUUUUUUUUUUCUCAAUUUUUUUGGAUUUGUAAUGGAAUGUUUUAAUGAAUAUUUUGCAUUGGAGGAAAUUAGAAAUCAUCUCCUCGGGGAUUUUUCCCCGAAAACUUUGAAAUUUGGGGCGGAACUAACUAUUACUAUUGAGUGUAGUAAUAAUACUGUGACUGAUGGCUUGAAUUCUUUUGAUUUUUUCUCCGAUUUUGAAGCUGAUUUCUUUCAAUUUGGAACCGAAUUUUCAAAUUCGAGCUCUCAAUCAGCAAAUUCAGUCAAACUCGAAUCGGAGCCGUCGAUUUCAAGCUCCGAUUACGAGGAAAAUAAAAGCAAAUGCUUUCAGUUUGAAUCGAAACCUCAAUUAAUCAUUGAUCUCACUUCGCCGAAAUCGAGUAAAGUUAUAGAUAGGAAACCUUCACUGAAAAUUGAUUUGCCUCAGGUGAAGAAAUUCGAGUGGAUCGAUUUCGGCAAUUCGACUCAUCAAUCGAAUAAUCCAAUUGUUUCAAUUGAAGAGAAGAAGCAACAUUACAGAGGAGUGAGACGGCGACCAUGGGGAAAGUAUGCGGCGGAGAUCAGAGAUCCAAAACGACGUGGUUCUAGGGUUUGGUUAGGAACAUUUGAAACCGCAAUUGAAGCAGCAAAGGCUUACGAUAAAGCCGCAUUUACGAUGCGGGGAAGUAAAGCAAUAUUGAAUUUUCCAUUGGAGGUGCAGGGAAAGAAUUACCUGAGCGCUGCCGUGGAUGGCGGCGUGAAGCGGCGGAGAGAAUCGGAGGAAAUAGGAAGGGAAGAGAAGAGAGUGAAGAAAGUAACGGAAGAGGAGUCAUGGCCGUUAACGCCGUCAAGUUGGAAUUUUGUUCAGAAUUGUAACGGAAUGUUUAACCUCCCGCCAUUAUCACCGUUAUCUAGUCUUCACCUGAGCUGUUCGCACCUUAUUCAAAUCUGAACUCUGAAGUGACUUUAUAAGCAAAUACUUCUAACUUUAUAAUGUAACAAAUUAUAUGAUCAGUUGAUUCUAAAACUCAAAUUAGUUUAUAUUUGUAUGUAAACUAAUUUUUAUAUAGAAGUGCCAAUGGCCAACCGGUUAACCGGUAA